AUGGCCGAGUUUGAGGCCUUUGCGGAUGAAAUGAAACAACGACUUGACGAGACAGCUGCUGGUAGUAGUAGCUCCCCGGAGAAACCCAUCAUUGCUGCCAAUUGGGGUCACAUUAUGGACGGCAAUCUUCAUUUCAAUGUCACCACACCUGGACACUUUGAUGUGGAUCCAACAGUUUUGAAUGCCUUGGAACCCUACAUCUUUGAAUGCGUCAUCCGAAAGGGCGGGUCCAUCUCUGCGGAGCAUGGACUGGGACAAGCCAAGCAUAAAUACUUGCCCAUGGUUCAUGACCCUGUGACCUUGAGAUUGAUGCACUCCGUCAAGGAGAUGCUCGAUCCACGGGGAAUUAUGAACCCCGGGAAGUACUUGCCUCAACCAUGA